UUUAACCCGUCAAAUCUACAUAGCCUACAAAAUUUGUAGCACUUCUUAAAGGUAGAAAUUAAUUUUUAUGUAGAACUACAAUGCUGAAUAACAGGUAGAAUAGGUUUUUUGUGAGCCCACUACAAUGUUGGUUUCAAAACUAAAUUGGUUUCUCGAGGGCUGACUGUUUGUGUUGUAUUGUCUAUGCAGAUUUAGAAAUGGCUUCUUCUUCUACUAACAACAGCAACAUAAGAUUAAAACCGAGACUGUGCAAUUGUGGAAGAACAGCUACCAUACAUAUUGUAAGAACCAAUGACAAUGGAAAUAAAGGGCGUUUGUUCUUUGUUUGCCCAUCAAAAUAUACUGAAACUCCCAAGUGCAAUUACUUCAAGUUCGUGGAUGAAGAUGAUGAAGAUGUGACGUCCACAAUCCGUUCCAACACUAGAGCUUCUGAUGGUGUUACAGUAGAACACUUUAACGAGCUGAGGAGGAGGCUGUAAGACGUGGAAAAUGAACAUGAUGACUAUGGUCGAAGGCUUCGAAGGGUGGAAAAUAUUUUGAAGGCGAUGGUGUAUUUGAUUGUAUUUUCUAUACUUUUGUACUUUAUGAUGUAAUGUUAUUAUGGAUUUAUAGAUUUAAUGUUAUUAUGGAUUUAUGGAUGUA